GAUUUAACUUAGUUUUGUCUUGUUUGACUUACAGUAAAUCUUAGGCACUUUUAUCAAGGCUAGCCAAAAUGUAAGACUUUUAUUUUGAAACACAAAUCAUGACGAAGGUUCUUACUUGUAUAAAAUUACAAUGGAAACUGCUGAAGUAUUUUUAACGACCAAACUCUCCAAAUUAUACAACUGUCCUCGUUAAGGAAGCUGGCUAAAAACUGUUAAGAGAUUUUUCCGAGUUUCCUGUGAGUCACAUACUGCCAUCCGUACUCGCUUUGAAUAAUGGUUGUCUGAAUUCAGUGUGACGGUUCAGAAAAUACACUGUGCCUGAGCCUUAAUUGAAUAACAAUUUUUUAAAUGCACUCAACUUCCGAAAACAGGCUGUCAUUGUCCUUGUUUCUUUAUGCAGAAGUAAGUCUGUUCCUUAGUUGUAUAUCAGGAGUAACUUCCCCUAUUACGCCCACCGCAGUCUCUCGGUAGAAGUUUCUGUUAUAAGAGUCUGAGUUUUGUCGUACUUUUUUUCCCCAAAUGCCUUACUUGUAGUUGUUGAAUAGUCUUUUGAAAUUGUGACUGAAAUGAAACAAAAUCUGUAUGCAUAGCUAGAGGCAGACAGUGCUCUGUGGGAUACUUCCUUCCCGAGGGUGUCCCAUCUCUAACAGAGCAACUCCCUGUUCCACGAAGUUGAAAACAUAAACAAGCCCAGAUGGCUGCCCUCAGAGCACAGACAGCUCCGUUUUACAGUCACUUCAUAGUAACUGGCAUUUUGUAGCAACCCAAUCUACUGGAAAUGCUUAAUAACAAGGACUUGAAGUAAAUGCUGUUACUAGAAGGCUUGGAUAAAGGGAAACAGUCGUCUUCAAAUCCAGAAGUUAUCAAGAUCAGUUCUGUGUUGGAUAUAGCAUCUCAGGUGGAAGAAUAUUACAGCAAAGGCUAUGUUGUAGGAGCUGUGCAUCCCAUUAUGCUGCCAGUUGGACGGAGAAGGAGUUUCCCUGCAAGUCACAUGUAUCGAGUGGUACUCUCACGGUUAAAGCUAAGCCAGAAGCACGCAGCACCCAGAGGACAAAGGCACCCCAGGCUGGUGAUUGAGGAAUGUCCUUUAACAUAUGAAACACUGACAAAUGAAGUAGUGAAAGAACUGCUAGAAAAGGUUAAUGAAGCUGCUAAAAGAGGAAAGAAGUUUGUGGGAUUUGUAACACAACAUUUUCCUCAGCCUAAAGCCUGUAAUGGAACAAGUGCAGAUGGAGGUGCAGAGCUGGAAUCAACGCUGGGCAGAAGAAAUCGGGAACACAGAAGAGAAAACUUUGAGGAAAACUAUAAAAACUGGAAUGAAGGGACAUUGAGCGGUCACUCAUCUGAGAGUGGGAUAGAGGAGGAAAUGCAUGGAGAAAGCAGACUGUUAGAGGAUUCAGAUUUCCAGUUUGGAAAAGAAGUCAGCCCUUCUAAACCACGAAAAGGAGAUGACAAGCUCUAUACAGUCUUCAACGUUUUUGAUGAUGAUUCUACCUGCUGGACCUACCAUGAAGGUGUUUUGUCUAUGAAAGUAACAAGAAAGGGGCCAGUUGUUAGUACACUGGAAGCAGACUGGCUAGAAUUAACUACAUUUUAUUAUAAACAAGGAUUGGCCUUAGUUGAUUCUUUUGUACACUGGGAAACUUCUAAAGGGGAUUAUUUGCCCAAAUCUUUAGAAGGAUUAUUUAUCUAUGAAGAAGAAGGUGCUGGGGUUCCAGGUUCUAACAGGAAAGGAAAUGAUGCAAUAGUUGUUGAACAAUGGACAGUCAUUGAGGGGUGUGAAAUUAAAACAGAUUAUGGACCUUUACUGCACACGCUGGCUGAGUUUGGAUGGCUCCUGACCUGUGUCCUGCCUACACCAAUUGUACGACAUGACAGUGAAGGAAAUCUGGCCACAAAGCAAGUAAUUUUUCUUCAGAGACCUGUUAUGUGGAGUUCUGCUGUCCAGACACCAGAGAGGAAAUCCUUAAGACAAAUGACUGGGGAAGAAAAAGGCAGGGUGUCCAGCAGAAGUGUUGGAUCAGACACAGCUACUUUCUGCCCUGUAGAAACUGGACAACCACCUGAUGAGUUUCACCUAUCUCCUUCUAAACAAUGUUGGAUCAAGGAGGGAUCCUCCCAUUAUGGAGGCUUUCCAGGAUUCAGUAGCAGUGAUGGAGUGUUAAGGGAACUGGAUGAUGGACAGUUUGACCAGGAGGAUGGAGUCACUCAGGUCACGUGUAUGUGAUAAGUAAGUAACUGCAUCAAAUGGACAUGUACAUAAAUCACACAAAUGGGUUUUUUUUAAAACUACACUACUUUAAAUACGUUGGUAUAAUCCUUCCCAAACUCUUUGUAUUUUUGUCAUUUUCCAUGUUGUGUUAAUCCUACUGUAGUAAUAAUACUACUGCAAAAUAAUUUGUUUUUCUGUCUGUCUUUAAUAGUAUAACUACAUGACUUGGGUGCUCUGCUAACUUGUUAAUGCUUUUGACAAGCAAGGAAGCAAAAGCAGCAAAACAGUGACAGUUUCAAUUGUGUGAGAGAGAAAGGAAUGAGGAUGUUUAGAAUGUUCCACAAGCUGGAGGAAUGCUUUUGGGUUUGUUUGGUUGUUUUAUUGUUUGGGGUUUUUUAAGGAUGUUGUAAAUAUUGGUGGGAAAAAAUUAACUGUCUGGCUGUUUUUAAGUUUUAAUAUAAUUUUCACUUUAUUUGCCUUGCAUAAGUUCAAAAGCCUAGAGAACUGUCAAGUCUUACACUAGAGUGUUAAUAAUUUAAGCUACAUUCAGACUUGGUAUGGACAGAAAAACUCAGGAGGCUGUAGGUAGGUAACUUGUUCCUGGAAUAUAACUUCACCUAUGCAGUUUUCACAGGGUUCCUUGUACAUGUAAGGCAGGAGCUUAUAAUUUGUAUUAUAAUGAUGUGUUCAUAAUGUACUUGUGAGUGGAAAUUAAGAACUGCUCAUCCCCUGAAAGAUAACUUGCAGUCUGUAAACAAGUAGUUUGAGAAGCUCCCUAGGAAGCAUUGAGAGCAGUGUGAUGCUGCUAAUGCAUUGGAGGAAGAUGUAGGUUAAAUAUCAUAGGCAGUAUUAGAUGGAUGUAUAUAUAAAAAUGUCUCAGCUAAAUGUAUCUCACACUGGAUAAAGUGUAUUGAGCUGCAUCCAAUAGCAGACUUGAUGUUCAGAGGAAAGGAUCGAGUUGCUGUGCUUCCAUCCUUGCUAUGGGGAGGAGCUGCUUGCAUUAAGGGAGAUUAAUGCUGGCAAGGUGCUGUGGGGAGAGGAACAAACAGCAACUGCUUUUAUGCUGCUGUCUGGAAAGUGUAUUUUACAGAGGAGAAGCCAUAUAAAAAUGCAUCUCCAGAAGGUAAAUGUGAUUUUAACUACAUGUGCAUUUUUAAUUUAGUUCUAGAAGCAAAAAAAAAAAAAAUUAUAAAUGCUAAUCAUCUCUAAGCUAGUGUAAAAUAAUUUGGUCAAAAUAAGUCAGAACUGAGCAAAUGUAUUCGUAACUCCACUCUCAAUGUUUGCAGUACAGCACACACAUCACCCAGGGAUUUUGGUACCUGUCUUUAUGUGUUGUGCUGCAAACAUAGAUGUCAUUAAUCAUUUACCUACAACACCCUGUUCCCCAUGGAUGGCAUCCUACCAGCUGCUGUGGGACUCUGCCUAAUCCACAGUGGUAGAUGCUGGCACUAAAUGCAGUGGGCAGAUCAAUGCAGUGACUGGAACACCAACAAUUAACUCCAAAUGAGCACCCCAGGAGAUGGCCAGGAGAGUGGAGGUUCAGCUGAAGUCUCAGAGCUGUGCAGAAAGAACAUAGUUUUGCUUACUGACAUAAGCAGCUAAUUCAUGCAGAAAAAUAAAUAAUUUUAUAGGGCAGGGGGGUAGGAGGAAAAACUCAUUCUACUGACAUAAUUAGCAUAGGGGGAGCUUGAAAUAAUAUUGUUUUGGAGCUGCUUCCUGAGCUACUUACGAAAUUCUUACUGGCAGGCUUGCUGAUUUUUUCUUUGGAAGAGCAACUCUUAACUGUUUGUAGCAGGUUGGGAGGUUUUCUUCCAAAAAAAAUCUACAGCUCUGGCGAUUAAGCUUCAACUUUUUUCCCCAUUGCAUGCUGUGGGGAGUGAUGGGAGCACCUCCAAUAGGAGGUACAGUAAGGAACCCCUUCUGGCAAAGGCUCUUCUUCUCUGAGCUUUCCCACCAGCAUCUCGAGGUCAGGGAUGUAGGGCAUGAGCCUUGUGUUCAUUCCCUGUCUGGGGCACUGUAGGAGGAAGAUCCCUCUGCUGACAGGGCGAGUGCUGGGCUGGGUGUCCCUGCAGAGCCUGCCCAAGUGCUCUUUCUCUUGUGGCACUGCUCUGGGAGCACUGGUCAUGCUCACAGACAGCAGGGAUCUCCUCCAUGGGACACAGAUGGAGAAGAAAUAUGAAAGUACAAGUUACAGCUAUCUCUGGGCAGAAAGCCAGGUAACUCUAGCAUAUUAAAAAUGGAGUAACAGCUGGUCUCAUGCAACCUGGAAUAUGUUGUUCUACUUCUAGAAGUAGUUUUUAAUGAGUUAUCCAAAACGUGUGUGUGUAAUUUUAACCAUUGGUCAUUCUCCAUACAAGUCCAGUCUGUAAAAUGGGCAAAAAUUGGUCCAGAACUCCAGUUCUGAAUAGUUCAAGUUAGAGCUUUUAAAGUAUAUCAAAGAAAUAACCUUUUAUAAAGCAAGAUCCUUGCUUAAGAUAGUUAACAUUAGUGAACCCUAAACCAAAACUGAGCUAUAAGUAAGUUACAAAGUAUAAAGUAGUACAUUUAAUGCAGUUACUCUUUCUAGAAUGCACUCAUUGGAUAAAAAUUACUUAAUUUUUAACUGAGAUCUUUCCAUGUCACCUGUUAAAAGGGCAGAAAAUUCAAAUAAAAUAAUAUCUUUCUAAGAGAAAUAUUCUCCUUACAAUUAAUGGGAUGUACAGAAGAGGGACUGUUUUGGAACUAGGGUGGAAAUUGAGUAUGCCCUGGAUGUCCACAGGUACACUAGAACAUCAUCACUUUCAGCAAGAAAGGCUUCUUUUAAAAUGAAAUAAAGCCAUAUUCUUUUUCAGUAGCCCUCAGUUUUGACUAUGCUUUAGUCCUUGCUCAUCAAUCUCACAGCUGUUGACAAUGCUGCAAACCUCUGGCUUCCUUUCUGUGUUUUUAAUGCAGUAUAAGUAAGCUAAAUUGUUUCCACUGAACCCACUCAGCAGUUCCUGGAUUGUUAAGGACAGCUGUGGUUUUUAAUGUCAUUUGUCUCAUAGUAUCAAAUUUGCCUGUGCUGUAGAAAUAUUCAUCUGAAUUGUUUGCUUUUGGCAGUCAGGACAAGUUGUUUGCUCAGCCUGUGUGAAGACAGUGCAAGAAUUAUCUGACUUCAUGCACUUGACCAUUCAUCUUCCUAAGGCUUGGAUGCUGAAACUGAAAAGAUUGAAAAUGCUUCUAAAACAAGUUCUGGAAAAUCUUCUGGUUUGUUCCUUGUAAAAAAUUCUGAGAGAUCACUCUUACCUUACUUGGAUGAGGGAAAAAGGGAGGGUGCAUUUUGGGUAUAGAUUUGAUUUCAGAUCCCCAUCACCUGUCUGGCACAAACCAGAGCAUUAAGGUUUGCCUUUACUGGUGUGGUAAUCAGCACUGCCCACUAAGUAAAGCAGCUUUGUAAAUCAGAAGAAUUCUCUGAAAAAAACCCAGUAAGUACGCUUUUUGUAGUCAUUAACGAGACUUCAGCCAGGGGCCUGUGUGUUUGAAAUGUAGUAGGGAAACCCCUUUCCUGAUUGUGACAACAGAAAUGCUCUGCAACUAUUAGAAAGAACAGAAGGCAGCCAUGUUCAUGAACCUCUGCAAAAGAUUGUUUAUACUUUCUGAUGCUUAAAUUGUUUGGAGAGGAAAUAGUUUUCUAAUGUUUACAAACAGGAAGAAACUGUCCACAGUUAAAUAUUUUGUACUUUGCUUGUAACUGUCAGAACAGUUUAUUUACUUACCUGGUCAGCUGCAAUAAAUGGCUGCUUCACUUGUU